GAUGGGAGUACCCAGACUCUGGUGGGGCGACGAUUAUUAUAAGCUUUGAUGCACGCACCCACCACCUUUUCCCUCGCACCUACCUGGGGGCCAUUGGCAGCUGGCAACGCAGGGACCGCUUUUUGUAUGGUAAAAUGCCGUAUUGCAUGGCAGCCACCCAACGGCCUACUGGGCACUAAGGAAGCCCGGCAAAGUCAAAAUGACACUAUUUAAACUUCCACAUGCCAGCAUUUGUGUGCGCAGUUGGUGUUUUAAGGUCUGCAGCGGCCAGUGGCCUUUGCAGGCUUUUCCUUUGCCAAACAACCCUUGAACACAUCAUCAACCUACCUUUCCGCUCAGUCUUCUUAAUGCCUUUUAUCGAGAUUUCCUCUGACGAUUCGAGCUCCCUAUCUCCCUCGCCCUCGCCGUCCCCGGCUCCGGCUCCCUCGACCUCGCUGUCCCCAGCUCCCUCGCGCUGGCUGUCGCUGUCCCGUGAAGAUGAUCCUUAUCCUCGUAGGAAGGGCGGCGAGGGUGACCAGGUUGACAUAGACUAGGUUACUAGAUUGAUAGAGUCGACACCAAGGAAUUGCCAUGAAAUUUGGCAAAUUUACGUACAAACCCGGGCCUCAGAGUUGCCAUUUGC